UAUUAAAUAAUGACAAAUUUAAUGAUGGAUUAUGAGUUUAAAAUGAAAACUCAGAGUGAACGAACAAAGGUAGAGGAUUUAUUUGAUUAUGAAGGUUGCAAAGUUGGACGAGGCACUUAUGGUCACGUAUACAAAGGUCGUCGAAAAGAUGGUUCGGAUACUAAAGAUUAUGCCUUAAAACAGAUUGAAGGUACUGGCUUGUCUAUGUCUGCAUGUCGUGAAAUUGCGUUAUUACGUGAAUUAAAGCAUCCAAAUGUCAUAAAUUUAAUUCGAGUCUUUUUAUCACACAACGAUCGAAAAGUAUGGUUGCUCUUCGAUUUUGCUGAACAUGAUUUGUGGCAUAUUAUUAAAUUUCAUCGAGCAGCUAAAGCAAAUAAAAAACCGGUAAUGGUACCGAAAGGUAUGGUUAAGAGUCUUUUAUAUCAAAUUUUGGAUGGAAUACAUUAUUUACAUUCAAACUGGGUUCUACAUCGAGAUUUGAAACCAGCAAAUAUUUUGGUAAUGGGUGAAGGAAAUGAAAGAGGUCGUGUAAAAAUUGCUGAUAUGGGUUUUGCACGAUUAUUUAAUGCUCCAUUAAAACCAUUAGCUGAUUUGGAUCCAGUUGUCGUUACAUUUUGGUACCGAGCCCCGGAAUUACUCUUAGGUGCCCGACAUUAUACUAAAGCAAUAGAUAUUUGGGCUAUCGGUUGUAUCUUUGCGGAAUUAUUAACUUCCGAACCAAUAUUUCAUUGCCGUCAAGAGGAUAUCAAAACAAGUAAUCCAUAUCAUCAUGACCAAUUAGAUCGAAUAUUUAAUGUAAUGGGCUUUCCACAAGAAAAAGAUUGGGAAGAUAUACGAAAAAUGCCUGAACAUCCAACCUUACUCAAAGAUUUUAAACGUUCCAACUAUGCAAGUUGUUCGCUUAUUAAAUAUAUGGAUCGUCAUAAAAUAAAACCAGAUAGUAAAGCAUUCCAUUUGUUACAAAAAUUAUUGCUUAUGGACCCGAAUAAACGGAUUACUUCAGAACAAGCAAUGCAAGAUUCAUAUUUUACUGAAGAUCCAUUACCAACACCUGAUGUUUUCGCUGGAUGUCCAAUUCCAUAUCCUAAACGAGAAUUCUUAACCGAUGAUGAUCAAGAUGAAAAAGCUGAUAGCAAGGCACGUCAAAAUCAACAACAAAAUCAACAAGUACAACAGCAAGCUCAACAAGGUGAUAAUCACCAUGGUGGAAAUGCUGCAAAGCGUGUGCGAUUAUCUGCACCAGGUGGACCUGGACAGAAUGGUGUAUCAGGUGGACAUCCUGGUCAAGUAAAUUCAGCACAGGUGCAAGCGCAAGCUGUUGCAAUGGCUCAACAUCAACAGCAAGCUCAACAACAACAAGUAGCGGCGGCCCAAGCUCAAGCACAAGCUCAACAGGCUGCUCAAGAACAAGCAGUCGCUGCUCAACAAUUUCAUCAUGUUCAACAGCAACAGCAACAACAACAAAUGAUGUUUAAUAAUUCACAACAGCAGCAACAAAAUUUUCAACAACGAUUUUAAAUUAAUUUUAAAAACCACAAUCAGAGCAUAAUGUGCCUAUUUCUAAACGCACUGCAGGAUGUUCUUAAAAGUUCUUUACAACGUUCUACCACAUAAAUUUCAGUUCAAAAUAAGCUUAGUUAGCUAAUAAUGCAGUAAAUAAGCCGGAAAAUACCAUUAAAUGUGGUGAACAGCUUUCAAAAAUUAUUGUUUGUACGUGUUCCUUAGACUUUAAAAAAAAUUCAGUCGCACAAACCUUCGCAUUAAUAUGAAAAAUGAGAAAAUUCGGGUAUUUUUCCCUCCCCCAAAAAAACUCUAAAUAGUAACACCGUAGAAAAAAAUUUUUAAAUCUGAAUUUCACUUCGGAAAUCGUCUCACGAGGUCGCUGAUCACAAAUUCGAGGUUAAAAAGUAACUGAAUGUGGUUGCAUGCCCAUGAUAAUCACCCCUAGAAGUGAUAGGCAUAAAAAAAUGUUUAAUUAAAAAUUUCUCCUCGAAUAUCCUUUCGGGGGUUUUUGGAAUCUUUGAUUACGAAUCCGAGGUAAAAAGUAACUGAAGAUAGUCUCCACCUUAUUAAAACCACCCCUAGAAGUGACAUUGAUAAAAAAAUCUAAAUUUCAUCUCGGAAAUUGUCUCUUGGCGGUUUUCGGAUAUUCUUACCCAGUUGCUUUUUAGCCUCGAAUUCAUGAUCAGCGACCUCGGAAACCCUCGGGAGACGAUUUCCAAGGUAAAAUUUUGAUUUUUUAAAAUUUCUAUUCACUGAAACUAUUUGGAAGGCUUUGAGGAGCGAGAAAACUACCUUAAUUUUCUCAUUUUUCAUAUUAAUGCAAAGGUUUGUACGGCUGAAUGUUUCUGAAGGUCUAAUAAACAUGUACAAACAAGAAUUUUUAAAAUCGGACCUGCUCCACCACUUUUCCAGCUUAUUAUGGUGUACUUUUUUCAUUACAAAGU